AUGGGGAUAUGGGGUGUCCUACACCCCCAUGUCACCCUGUCUUGUACCUCCUCGUCUGGCUAUGCCUAUGAGCCAGACUUGCAGCAUGUCUCCAAGGGACCCUCUCAAACUUCACUAUGCUACAGGGACAACACGAAGAAAGAGGCUGGAAAGUCGCCCAAGAAAGACAAAGACCCAGUGAACAAAUCUGGGGGCAAGGCCAAAAGGAAGAAGUGGUCCAGAGGCAAAGUUCGGGACAAGCUCAAUGACCUGGUCUUGUCUGACAAAACGACAUAUGACCAACAACUUAAGGAAGUUCCCAACUAUAAGCUUAUAACCCCAGCUGUUGUCUUGGAGAGACUGGAGAUUCAGGGUUCCCUGGCCAGGGCAGCCCUUCAGGAGCUCCUUAGUAAAGGACUUACCGAACGGGUUUCAAAGCACAGAGCUCAUGUCAUUUACACAAGAAAUACCAAGGGCAGAGAUGCACCAGCUGCUGGUGAAGGUGCAUACACACGUCCCCCCAAUUGUACACUUUGA